AGCUCAGCUCAUGCGGUCUGCGGUACCUACGGUACCUUUAGUACCUACGCAUACUACGCAUACCAUGUACUCCUAGACGGAAGAAAACAAGAUAUAUAUCUCCUCCUCCCCUGCAAAGACGACAUUCGAGGCAGCAUUGUUGAUUGGGACACGGCCGCCUCCAGCAGUCCGAAGAUGGCCUUCCUCGGUCUGACUUACCUCGGCCCGCAGGACUCGUUCCGAGUCAACAUGAAGAAGUCCGGGCUGCUCGCGGCGUUCAAGGACGACGAAUUUGCCUCGGCCUUCGACGCCGUCGCCGGCGACGCGCGCACGCUCGACGCCGUGCUUCAGUUGGUAUACCGCGGGCCGCCGCUAGAGUGCGACCGCGACCGCGUCCGCGCGCACCUGGACGACGACGCGCCGCUCACCAAGGACGCGCUCCUCGAGGCGGUGCGGAACGCGCGGGCGGACGAGCGGCGGUGGGAGGAUGAGCAGCGAGAUACGGUGGGUGACGGCUCGGAGUUCAAGUUGGUCAAGUUCUACCGCGAGCACAUCGCGCGGCACCAGCGCAUGAGCCGGGAACCCGCGUGGAAUCAACCAAUGAGUCAGGCUAUCUUAGGAAUGGUCAACGUCGCGUUGAUGGCG